GCGAAAAAAAGCCAAAAACUCCCUUUCAAAAACUUUGAUCGCAGACUGAAAAGUUAUUUACAAUUUUUAUUUCAUUCAUAUUCUACCAGUUUUCCGCCGUAUUUUAGCGUAAAAAGUGUACCAAAACCUUCGGCAAGUGUAACAAAACAAGAUUAUGGUGGAAAAGUGCCGAAUACGUUGUUUUCCUACGAGUGACCGGCUUAAAUAAUUCGCUGCGCCCCGUUUUGCGAUGAAGAAGUCCUAGAAUUUUUAUUUUUCGUCUUACCCAAUCUCUUUCUCAAGACGUCCUCGUCGAGUGCAAAAGAAGAGAACAUCGCCGCCAAGAAGAAAAAGGGCCCUUACGAAUCGCGAUCGCGAGAGUCUUGAUGCGAUCGUUUCUGUUGUUGCUUUUGUGUGAAGUGUUUGUGUUUACGUAAAACGGGUUUUCGGUGGAAUCGAAUUGGUAACGAGAAAGGCCAUUUUUCUGGGUGUAAUCCAGAGAAAGUGGGCGGCGAGGGUUAAGAGUUGAGUAAUUAAAGCUCCUGCCAGGGAGACCCGCCCCCGGAUAAAAUAGUGCCUGAAUAGUGGAUUCCGAAAGCAUAUUCGGGGCGCCCCCGUCCGGGAGAAUGAUGACUCCCUUUCGGCGCAAAAAGUCCAACAAGGAGUUCCCGGUAAAGGUGUGUACCUACGACUCGGAGCUGGAGUUCCACCUGGAGCAUCGCGCCACCGGUGGCUACCUGUUCGAUUUGAUUUGUCGGACCAUUGGCUUGCGGGAGACGUGGUACUUUGGGUUGCGAUAUGUCGACAAGAAAGGCUACAAAAGUUGGCUCAAGAUGGACAAGAAGGUGCUGGACCAGCACAUCAAUCUGACCGCCGAAGGAUGCGUCUUCAUGUUCAUGGCCAAGUUCUUCCCGGAGAACGUUGCGGAUGAGUUGGUGCAGGAGGUAACGCAGCACAUGUUCUUCCUGCAGAUUAAGGAGGCCAUUCUGUCGAUGGAAGUUUACUGUCCUCCGGAGGCGUCGGUGCUAUUGGCUUCCUAUGCGGUGCAGGCUAAGUACGGCGACUACGAUGAAGCGGUCUGCAAGCCGGGAAUGUUGAUCAGUGAAAACCUGCUCCCGCAGCGAGUGAUCGAUCAGUACCAGAUGACGCCGCAGAUGUGGGAGGAGCGAAUCGAAACGUGGUACGCCGACCACCGUGGGAUGUCUCGGGACGAGGCGGAAAUGGAAUAUCUGAAAAUUGCACAGGACCUGGACAUGUUUGGCGUGAACUAUUUUCUCAUUACGAACAAGAAAAACACCGCAGUAUACGUGGGCGUGACGGCACUCGGACUCAACAUCUACAGCAAGGAGAACAAACUGACCCCGAUGACGACGUUCCCGUGGAACGAAAUCCGCAACAUCAGCUUCGAUGGGAAAAAGUUCUUCGUCAAAACGAACGAAGAGAAGGGCAACGUGGCGACGACGUUCUACUCGGAGAAAGCUCGCAACAACAAGGAACUGCUGGAUCUGUGCGUCGGCAACCACGAGCUGUACAUGAAACGGCGCAAACCGGACACGAUGGAGAUCCAGCAGAUGAAGGCACAAGCCAAGGAGGAACGGCAGCGGCGACACAUCGAGCGGAACAAGCUGGCACGGGAGAAACAGCUGCGCGAGGAAGCCGAACAGGAGAGGGCCAACAUGGAGAAAAGACUGAUGCAGCUGCAGGAGGAGAUGGCUGCUGCCAAUGAGGCGUUGCGUCGCAGCGAGGAAGCCGCGGAACUGCUCGCCGAAAAGAACCGACUGGCGGAGGAGGAAGCUCUGCUCCUCUCGCACAAAGCCCUCGAGGUCGAGCAGGAGAUCAGCCGGAUGCGGAUGACGGCACGGAAAACCGAAGAGGAAAAGAUCUACCUGGAGCGGAAAACCCAGGAGGCCGAACUGCUCACCGCCCAGAUGAUCGAGGAAUCCCGCAAGCGGGUGAUGGAGACGGAAAAGCUCAAAAACGAACUCAUCCACGCCAGGGUUGCGGAGAAGGAAGCCAAGGAGAAGCUUCUGAAUUUUUUGAGCAGGACGUCCACGGAGUCGAUUUUCAUAACGCCAUCCUCGUCGCCGGAAACGCCCGUCCUCGAGAGCAAUACGUACGAUUUGCUAGCGGACGGCGACAUGGACCAGCUGUCGCUGGAGAUCGAGAAGGAGAGGGUGGAGUACCUGACCAAGUCGAAGCAGGUGCAGAACCAGCUGAAGGAGCUCCGGUCGGAGAUCGAACAGCUGAAGAUCGGCGAGAAGCAGUCGCCGCUCGACAAAAUCAGCGCCCAGCAGACACGCCUAGGUGAGAACAAGUAUUCCACCCUGAAGAAGCUCAAAUCGGGCUCGACGAAAGCACGAGUAGCAUUUUUUGAGGAAUUGUAAGUGAAAACGAGAAAACGGGUGCGUAACAAAAAAAAACCGCCCGGUUACAAUCUCUAUUAUCCUUUAGUACAUUUUAACGAUAAUACGUAUUAUGCCUUGCUGAUAUGCCUUGAGUGCCUUGAGUAUACGCAGUUGAAAGUGUUUUGUGAACUUCAUCGGGAAAAAGGAUGGGCGUGCUUGGCCGAGUCUCUCGUCACGUGCCGCUGUGGCUGUAGAAAGAUACGUUUUUUUCUGUUUUUGGCUGUAAUCGAGUUCAGAUUUAUUUUUUGGAUUGUUGAGUUCUUGUUUUUGUACAUGCCUUGACGUUUUCUUGUACUGUAAUUUUGUGGUAGGUAAAUUCAUCCUUCGCGGUAUGGGCUCAGAGAGUAGCUAAGAGCAUGCGUUUAGUUGAGACUAUUGAAACGUUAGAAUGAAAUACUAGGAACAGAAGGGCAAUUUGAACUUGAAAAAGUUUAAAAGUUGAGGCUUUUCUUCGUAGAUACUCUGCUUGGAUGUUCAAGGUUUUGAUAGGCUACAAUAAGACCAAGAGAUUAUCAAUUGAACAGAAUAGGAACGAGAAGCGUCUUUCGUGUAACUCUCUAAAACGAAGAGGAACUGCUAGGAAUCAGUAGCAAACAUAAUCGUCAAGAAAAUGUAAAAUUCAGCCAUCAGAGUUGUUCUCCUCGUUGCCAAAAUAUGUAUUCUGAAAGUUUAGUCGGUACUAACUGAGCAUGAUAGCAGAACGAAUCGACAAUCUAUGUGUAUACCUAAACGUACUGUAGGCGUCGCCUUCAAUAGUAGUAGCAGUAGUAGUACUAGUAGUUGAAUGCUAGACAGAAUUAAUUCUAUCGCGCGCUUCGAACGAUAAGUAGAAUCUUAUUUAUGCCUAAUAGUAUGACCUUACUUAUUCCCUAGCGACAGUUAGAUGUACCUAUUUUAUCAUUCGCGUCAGAUUGCAUCCUAGAUUUUGCUGUUAUUUAAACAUCAAUUUCACCAUCCUACUGUUAAUUGUCACAUUUAUUAUAUAGUCUACGAAGGGUUUGUAGGCUAGGUGUAAAUGAGCAAGGGGUUAUUCGAUUUUGAUUUGAUAUUCUUUCGGGAAGUGAAAACCAUUCACCAUAAGCUAUAAUAACUCCAGAAAAACUUUUGUCAGACACAAUUGCUGUAAAUAGUUCAUCUUCAGGCUGGGAAACGCGUUUUUCACAAACAUAGGAAUCUUUCUUCAGAAUUGAAAUAGAAAACUUGCUUCAGAAGCCACGAAAGCUUCCUCCUGAAGCAGAAAAAAUGUCCCACCAGAAGCUAGGAAAAACUGUCAUUACUUAUAAGCUGAGAAAAUCUCAUUUUAGGAUUUAGAAAAAGCUUUUCAGAGUUUUCGUCUCCAGGCUGAAAAGUGGCCUCUUCAAAUGCUGGAACGAACAUUCUUUGAAAGCAAGAAAGCUACCGGGACUAGCCGACAAAGAAAAAUAAUUUUUAACAGAAGUAGUUGGAGCUUCCACCCACACAAUAGGAUUCGAUCCAGAAGCCAGAAGGAGGUCUUACUUUAGAUAAACUAAGAAAAACUUCCUCCAAAAUAAUGAAAAAAAUCUUCUCCAAAUGCUAGGAAAAGUUGUCAUCAGUAGAAGUUAGGAAAAGCAUCUUUGUAAUGCUUAGACCUUGUCAAAAAACUAGAAAAAUGUUUUUCAGAAACAACUCUAAUUUUUGAGGAAGCCAAGAAAGAUGUCUACCAGAAGCUCGUGACAGCUUCUUAAGGAGUUGUAAAAGUUAUUCCCAGAAGAGGGGAAAUUUCACACAGAAACUGAAAUAGCUUCUAUCCAGAAGCUGGAAAAGCUUCCACCCAGAAGUUGGAAAAGCUUCUAUCCAGAAGCUGCGAAAGCCUUCGCUCGGAAACUGGAAAAGCUUUCACACCGAAACUGGAAAAUCUUCUACCCAAAAUUUGAAAAGCUUUCACCCAGACGCACAGUGCGAUGCUCCAUAGACAAAAAUCAAAUUUCAAGUUAUUUUAUCCGGCGAUGAUAAGCAUCCACGAUUGUUUAUAGAUACCAUUCGUUAUUGAAACAAGUAUUGAUAAGCUAUACAAAGCACAAAAACUACUAUAACAAGCGUCGAAAGUGACAGUCGUCGGAGUAGCAGAAAAACUAAAUUUUAUCGCAUGUUUUCAUCAUUACUUUCAACUAGUACGGAAACAGUUGAAACCAAUCUAUUCAAUCAAAAUUUGAAAGAGAACA